CCUUUUUGACCAAUCAGAGCUGUCCGUUCCUAGGGGCGGGGCGCCGUGUGCACUUCCAGUUGUAGCAAUAAAGUUUAUUGGGACGCACUGCUACUAGCGAACAUGGGGGCUGUUACAGAUGAUGAAGUUAUUCGGAAACGUCUGCUAAUCGAUGGAGACGGAGCUGGAGAUGACCGCCGCAUCAAUGUGCUUCUGAAGAGUUUCACCAAAUGGUGCAACUCGCCCGGCACCCCGGAGGAAGGAUUCACACAAUACCAGAGGAUGCUGGGCACGCUGGCCCAGUGUGAAUUCUCCAUGGGGAAGACGCUGAUGGUUUAUGACAUGAACCUUCGGGAAAUGGAGAACUAUGAGAAAAUCUACGCAAAUAUAGAGCAAAAUAUCACAUCUGCACAUGAGAAGAUAUCAGAAUGCAAAAAAGAAAUCCAGAGGGCAAAGAGAAUACGCAAGAAUCGUCAAGAGUAUGAUGCGCUGGCCAAGGUUAUCCAGCAACAUCCAGACCGGCAUGAAACACUAAAGCAAUUAGAGGCACUUGACAAAGAACUCCAGCAGCUGUCCCACAUCAAGGAAAAUGUAGAUGCGAAGUUGGAGUUGAGGAAGAAGCAGUUCCAUGUGCUGCUCAGUACCAUCCAGGAACUACAGCAGACACUUGAGAAUGAUGAGAAAUCAGACAAUGAUGACAACAACCAGGAAAGCCCUACUGAGAAUGGCGAAUGAACACAGUGAUGAAAAAAACGAAGAGAAAUGUUUUUAAAUGAUUCUUUUCUUGUCUAGAAGUUGUUUUGUACAUAUUUUUGAAUAAAGUCACCAGUUAUCCUUC